CCCAAACAAUAGAGAUUUGGUAUGAUCUAGACAAAUUCUCGCGAGAGUUGCAAUUUUAUCCCAAGGUGCUGUGCGGCGGUGGCGGCGCUGCUGUGCUGUGCGGUGUUGGGCAUGUCAAGCAACCUCUAAGCUACCCCCCUCCUAAAGGAAUAAGCAGAACCUGCCCACACAGAAACGCACACCACACGGUGCCAGCAAGGAACCAGGAACAGGGAGACACUACUGUCUCAGAACGGAAACUGCAACUCUCUCCUCCUCUCUGGAAACACACCAUCCUCUCCUGAGCGGGUGCUACUUUCCACCCACAGUUUGGUACAGGACCUUCUCCUGACUACUUUGACUCCUCUGACAGAGAAUCCUCAAGUACAACGUAGACAAGACUCGCUCACUGCCCUUUGUGUUCACAUAAGAGAUUGAAAGAUGGCCAAUCCUCAGUGGAAGACUCCACAGUCACCCGUGGCAAUCUACAGCAGCCCGGAGAGCCCACAGUCACCCAUGUACUCUCCGCAACCCAACUUCGACACCGUGUACCAGCGCGUGAACGGCGUACGGGAGACGGGCAUCAUCGAGAAACUUCUUCACUCCUACGGGUUCAUCCAGUGCUGUGACCGCGACGCUCGCCUGUUCUUCCACUACAGCCAGUAUAAGGGAAAUGUGGACAAUAUGAAACCAGGAGAUGAAGUAGAGUUCGAGAUGAGUCUGGACCAGCGGACAGGGAAACCGAUCGCCUGCCGCGUCCUCAAGUUGCAAUCUGGGUCGGUGACCUUUGAGGUCAUGAGCGAAGAGCGUGUGAUGGGACUAGUGACCACCGAGGCCAAGCCAGCUAGAAACAAAUCACCUGCAGAAGUUGGUUAUGUUGCUAUCCAGAUUGGGAACAGGAGAGAGCCGGGGUUGUCGGGGCCGGAUGUAUGCACUGGGAAAUCAUCAUACUCUGGAAAAUGGAGUGAUGGUGGUGAACCUUUACUGUUGCAACCACAGUUACCGGGACAUAACAGGCCCACGGAGAUGGGCCGCGUGUCGUACGAGCAGGCGGGAGAACACUUCUACAUCCCGUACGGCGUGGAGGACGUGGAGGGCGGCGCUCAGCUGAAGAAAGGCGACGAAGUUUCCUUCUUCAUCGCUACCGAUAAAAGAGCGGAGGACAUGCAGCAAAAAUCCUGGCGAGACAAGCCAGCCAAGGUGGUGCCGGAUCCCAGGAACGGGAAUGUGCGUGCCAGGAAGGUGCAGCUGAUCUCCUCGGUGCCUGUGGAGCGCUACAUGGGCGUGGUCUGCAGUAUGAAGGAGUCCUUCGGCUUCAUCGAGAGGGCUGACGUGGUGAAAGAGAUUUUCUUCCAUUACAGUGAGUACCCGGGUGACAUCCGUGAGAUUGAGCUUGGAGACGACGUGGAGUUCAGUAUUGCAACAAGAAAUGUAAGAAAUGGUAAGGAGGUGGCCACCCAUAUUAAGAAACUGAUAGAAGGCACGGUCGUGUUUGAAGACGUCAGCAACGAACGCAUCCGAGGGAAGGUGAUCAAGCCUCUUCCUCGUGGACCACAGCGAAGACAGGACUUCCUUUCUUCCCAACAGAGCGAUCCGCUAUCUGGGCGACUCUCGUACGAGGCCGAGGACGGCGCGACCAAGGACAUCCCGUUCGGCGACCGUGACCAGCGGUCGGAGUGUUCGCUGCAGGUGGCCGACAUUGUGGAGUUUAACAUCGCCACCGACCGCCGCGACAAGCUCCAGCGGGCCACCAACAUCGACCUGCUGCCGGAGACCUUCCGUACGACAGGAGAGAAGAGAGAGAUGGGACUUGUGGCUGCAAUGAAGGAAGGCUUUGGGUUCAUCAAGUGUGUGGACCGGGACGCUCGCAUGUUCUUUCACUUCAGUGAACUGCUGGAUCCAAUGAGAGAACUGCACAUUGGAGAUGAAGUGGAGUUCACUGUCGUUCCGGAGUGUGAUUCCCGUUUGUCGCAGGACCCGUCCUCAGCACAGCGGAACCACGCCAUCCGCAUCAAGCCGCUUCCCAAGGGCACGGUGUCCUUCCACAAGGUGUCGUCCGAGCGGCUGUUGGGCGUGGUCGACAAGGAAGCCGUCUCGGCCGGUAUGCCUAACAUGAAGGGGUCCAAGAGUCCGAAAAAACAGCAGGACAGAGACAUGGAGCUGGGAACUAUUGUGUAUGACAUCUGUGGUGAGAAGGAGACCAUCACGUACCACCUCCGGGACACGGACCCCCGCUCUACACCACAACAGGGAGACCAGGUUGAGUUCAGCGUGUCGGAGCAGAAGAAGACAGGAACCAGACUUGCAGUGAACAUCAAAGUGCUGAACCGCCCGUCUGCCCAGAGACUGCAGGGGUUCAUCGCCACCCUGAAGGACAACUUUGGUUUCAUCGAGACGGCUAAUCAUGAAAAGGAAAUAUUCUUCCACUUCAGUGAGUUUGACGGAGACAUCACCAUGCUAGACCUGGGAGAUGAGGUAGAGUACAGCACGGUGAGGAAGAACAACAAGGUGUCGGCCGAGCGCAUCUUCAGGCUGUCCCCGGGGACCAUCGUGGCGGAGGAGACAGACCCGACCGUCCAACACGGGAAGGUCGUACGUCCCCUCCGUAGCAUUGACCCCCAGCAGCCGGAAUACCAGGGGCUGAUUCAGCUCACACACGAAGAUGGUUCAGAGAACGGUGAGACGAAGACGUUCCCGUACGGGAUCACCAGCCUGGCAGACAAGCGGGAGUUCCUACAGAAGGGAGAUGUGGUGAACUUCCAGGUGGCCACCAGCUCCAGUGGAGAGGAGCGUGCUGCCAGGGUGCAGGCUGUCAGGAAACGGGUCCGGGGAUCUGUCGACACCAUCAAGGGACAGUUUGGCUUCAUCAACUACGAGGUUGGAGACAACAAGAAGCUGUUUUUCCACCUGAGUGAAGUGCAUGAUGGGAGUGACCUGUCGCCGGGAGACAAGGUGGAGUUUGUGGUGGUGUGUAACCAGAAGAGCGGCAAGUACAGCGCCUGCAGUGUCAAGAAGGUUGCAGGAGGUGAUGUGGUGACGGCCCGUCCUGAGCGCCUGUUACACCGGCUGAAGUCUGUGAACGUGGAGAACGACAACGGCCCCCGCCUCAUCGUGCUACGCCAACCCAAAGGGCCGGACUCGGGCAACUCCAAGGGGUUCAUCUUCCAGCGCUCCUCGCACAAGCCUGGAGAGCCCCCUAGCGACAUCACAAUGAAUGGGCACAGCACCACCAAUGGGAACUGAACUCAAGACAAGACAAUGAUCAGCACUACCAUCGCUGUACCAAGAGACCGCAGCGACUGCACUGUCGCUGUGUAGUAACAGACCAGCACUUUGAAGAAAAACCAAGUAUAACGCAACUACCACCAAUGCUUCGAAUUCCAGUUAAAAUUUGUCCGAACUAAAGCAAGCCACAUACAUGGAGUGUUUCCUGUGACUGAACUUACACCAUCGGUCAACAGCCAAAACACUUGUUUUGAACUUCCUUUUUAUUCUUCUGUCAAACUCUGUAGAGUUCUGCUUUCUUUCUACACAACACUUCAAAUACUAACGGUAGUCCUGUUAACAACAUGUAAUAUUGGUAGGUGUAAUAUCAUUUUCAUUUUAAUGAAAAACAAGGUUUAGAGGUAGCAGUAUCAAAACAACAGUGCUUUCUUCCAUGCCUGUAAAAUUAGGAGAAAAAAAUCAAUGAAUGAUAUCUCUCAUAUGUCCUCUACUGUUUCUCUCUCGAUAAUAGGAUACUGGCCAUAGUUUCAUUGCCAAGUACUUGAUUCCUUUAUGCAAUAUGUUCUCAUACUUUUCUAUCUGAGCUAAAAGAUGUAACUGACUUGACAUGACAUUUGUUAAGGUUAUGAGGAGAUAGAUGUUCUAUUUUGAUUAUCAUGUGUCAUGUCAAUAUGAGAUUUGAUUUUUAACUGUCACCCAGCUAAGCAUCAUGGGAAAAUAUAUGUGUAUUCAUGAGAACGAGAGUGGGGACUAUACUAUUUCUGAUCAUAAUAUCGUUUGGGAGUAUUCGUCGAAUGAAAGAAAUUACAUUUGUGGUAUACAUUUGUAUUUUGACAUUGUGAGUGCUCUAUGCAUCCGUAAUACUCUCUGAAGUGGGGACAUCCCCAAAAGUUCAUUGUAAAGAUCAUGGUCAUCGUUACAACUUCCCUGAGACAAUUUGACAAGAUUCAGGUUUUUAUUUGCACCUGCUGCUUGUAUGCAAAAGUUCCUUAUACAAUAAUGUAAUCUUUAAUGAAGGGAAAAAGUCCAGGAAAAUGAAAAAUUCCCUGGAAUUGGAAAUUGUCUCCGGGCGCACGCCUUUCUGCUGCUAUUUCCCAUGAUGCUUUGCAGUGGGGUGAUACGGUACAGUGUUCGAUUCCCGAUGCCAAAGCAUUCGGCAAGGAUGCAUACACGAAGUAAGAAUUCCAUGGAAUAGUAUUAUUCCUUAUACAGGAAGAAUGAAGGGGAUAUAUUUGAGAUUUAUGUAGUACUUUGACAGACUUACAUGUAACUAACAUCUUCUCAGAGAAGGUAAAUUUGAAAACCAACCAAAUUGUUAUUGGCAUUUCAUUCGUAAGCUGAGAAAUUGGAAAUGGUCAAAAACGAGCAGCGAUCACUAUGAGCCGAGUAUGUGUAUAUCUAUGAUGAUCACAAAUGUAGAUACCAGGUAGUAGUCAUCUUUCAGAAAUGAUCUGAAGAAAAAAAAAUUACAAAAUUUACGAAAAAGACACAAAAAAAACAACAAGGUUUCUAACUAAGCCUGCAUGUGGAAAUAUGAUAAUCCUGCCAUGCUGUUUGCAUUUUGAAGAAAAAUUGUGCAAAAAAAAUUAUGAAGGAAAAAAAAACAACAAAAUUUGCACACAAGGAAAAAGAAUGUGGAAGUGCUCUAGAGAGAGCAAUGAUUAUAACAUCAGUGCAAAGUGCUUUUGAUUGGAUGUAGAGUUCCCAGGCAGUUAUAUUAUGACAAUCACUGCCCCCCUCCCCCAAAAGCUUGCAAUUACUGUUAAAUCAUAACUAAAAUCCUCUAAACUUGACCAACUUGUUGCAAUAAUUGAUAUUGCCAAAAUAUUGACUUUUGACAUCCCUCCCAUAAUUUGUAUUUCAAGGCAUAAUUGCAAUUCCUUGAACCCUAGUUUAGGAAUAUGUAAGAAUAUUGCAGCCAUUCUCCCAGCAAUUUUGGUUUAGUACUUUUCUUUUGUAGGGAUAUUAAACGAGAAACCCUUGCUGUAGACUUGCCAUAUUAUUUUCUACAAGCUUGUAGAUUCUGUUACUAUUUUUAGUAGCUGGGAGAAAGCUCAUUUUGAUAAAUGAUGUAUUGAAAGUGUAUUUGGAAGGCAAUCCACAACGACAAAAAAAGAAUAUGCCUAUUGUAUAUGCAGGCUUGCCUGUCAUGUUGCCAUCAAUGUAUAGAAUGAUACAAAAACAAAUACACUUAACUGAACAAAAAAACAUAGCUUUUGCUUGUAAGCAAAAGCAUAGCUUUUGAUUGUAGUUGGUCAAAUUUCACAAACAUACCAGCCUUUAGACCUUACUUCACAGUUUUGAAAAGUUGCUUUCUAGAAACUGAAAGUGUAACAAAAAAGCCUUUACGGCAAAAUGGCCCAUCUUAUGUUCAACGCUAUGUUUUGUUGUAAGAUGUAGACAACUUCUUCAUACGUUUCUAUGUUUCAGCAUAGUGCAGACAAAAUGAAAACAUUACAGUACUUUUUUAAUUAGCGAAGAAUGUUAACAUACAGAGCACUCUUGUUGUUACAUUAUGUAUUCCUCAGGUUGGUACAAGCAUGGUCUCUUGCCAUGCUUCUAUAUGGUUGAAACAUAUUUUUUGUUAGUCAGGGCAACGUAACACACGCUUACUCGUACACACACAGUAAUAGCACUGUAAAACCUGCAUCUAUCUACUACACUCAACAAAGUAGCACCUGAUUAGGGCCUCAAAUAUACAGCCUACAUGGAAAUUUUGUAUAGAUACAGCGCCCUUUGUUCACAGCGUGUACUACUACAAUGUGAGCAACUCAAUGCUGAAUUGUUUCAAAAGAGUAUUUUUAGACAUUCAAAAGAGUGUUUAGAGGAACAUGGGAUGAUGGAUUUUGUAAGCAAUACCAACUGAACCGAUAGAAUUAAAUUUGCCUUCAGUAAGAUGUGAUGAAAGUGAAUGGAGCUUUUUUUUCAAUACAAGACUAACACUACAGUUGGCUCCGUCCUUGAGGUGUUGCAAAAAACACCCUUGCUGUACCCAAGUGUGAAGAAAAAUGGUGAAUGCAUUGCCUGCAUGGUUCGAUAGUAUGUGACCACAAUUCAUGUUUGUAUUUCAUCUUCCUCUAAACAACUUAGCUCCACUUUUGUAGACGAAAAAGUCCAUGGUCCUCAUAAGGUCAACAGUUAUUCGAAGUAUUAAUAGUGCUUACUAAGCAGCGAUCAUUGAAUACUUUGUUUAAUUAGUGACUCCACUGUACCUUCCAUGAAAAGUGUUCUAGAGAGUCAAAAAUGUAAUGAAAAUCUUGGUUAUUCCUGAAUGGUUUCAGGAGUUGAAUUUUUGGUUCAAAAUCGGCACUCCCAAUGUAGAUACUUCUCACCGCUGCUACUGCACCAACUUUGAGUUCUUAGUUCAUAUAUGCUGUACAUGUAUCUUUGCAAACUCUGACUUUUUUCAGGCUCAAUAACACUAAGGAUAGAUGCUUGAGUUGUAAUACUUGCUUUCAUUUCCAGUUACCAAAGAGACCAUGCAAUGGCUAAUAAAAGACAAUGAAAGGC